AACUAGAAAUGCUUUCGAUUCACCACAAGCCUUUCACUUUCUCUUAACAGUGGAAGUGUUGAGUACACGUUGUUCAACUAGUUAUUCGAGUUCAACUAGUUUUUUUCGCUCGAUGAGCUUUAAAAGAGCUCUGAGGGGUUUGUGCUGGGCUCUGUUUAGGUUUUUACGUGCUUUGCCUGCUUUGGGUUGGCUUGUUCUUAGUAAACUUAGUUGGAGAUUUACUCGUCAGAUUAACAUGUCAGGUGAUGAGUGCGAGUAUGACUCUACAUGGGAGGAUGAAGACGAACAUAAAAAACACAGGAAGAAGAAGGUUCACCACUAUGGAGAGAGUCGCAGGAACAUGUUUGCAGCAAGGGACAUGCAAAGAUUUCGACAUAGUUGCCGGGGCUUGGAUAAUAUUAGUGAUGAUGAUGAUGAUGAUGAUGGUGCUGGUGAACAAGAUACAGACUCCUUCUAUAACCUAGAAUUUUACCGUGGUAAUAUAAGAUCUUCCCCUGAUGAACUUUACAUCAGUGAUUUUCACAAUCAGUGGCAGGGUCAAUAUGAAUGGCUGGAAGAUGUCCACUCCUACAUUCAAUGGUUGUUUCCAAUACAAGAGCCGGGGGUGAAUUGGAGAGCAUAUGUGCUCACGAAAAAGGAAAUAAAGCUUUUCCGUAAGGAUGAAGAAGUAAAGAAAAAACUGGUAAAAUCAUAUAAGCUCAUGUUGGAUUUCUACGGUAUACGUUUGAUCGAUGAAUCAACAGGAAAGGUGGAUCGUGCUCUUAACUGGGAGGAACGCUUUAAAAACCUGAACAGACAUACACAUAACAACUUGCGCAUCACACGCAUCCUGAAGUGCUUGGGGACUCUGGGAUUGGAGCACUACCAGGCACCUCUGGUCAAGUUUUUCCUCUAUGAAACUCUUGUCAAGGGACAGCUUCAAAAUGUGAAGCAAAGUGCAUUAGACUACUUUAUGUUUGCUGUAUUGGACAAAUCAGACAGAAGGGAGCUGGUUAAAUUUGCAUUUGACAAUUUCAAGCCCCGAAAAAACUUUGUCUGGGGUAACAUGAAGAUUCUGUCAGGUCUGGUGGAUAAACAAAAUUGCAAAAACGAAAACAUGGACCAGCCAACAGAGAAUAAUAGUAGUAGUGCAGAAGAUCAGCAGAAAAGGGUGAAUCUCCAUGAAAGCAAACACAAAACUAACAAAACAGACACCAGUCAUCCUCUUAAAGAGAUGCAUAGUAAAAACGAUCACCAAACUAAAGAUGAGCCACUUACUCCAAACACAUUGACAGAAACAAAUAGUGAAAAUGAAAAUGAGGGUGUAGUAAAAAAAAAAAAUCAAGAUUUGAGUGUUGGGGUCGAUGAAGAUAAUGAAAACACACCACCAGCAAACAAGUCUCAUGGUCAUGGUGCUGUUAGUGGUUCUCACCAAACUGAAGACGAGAGAAAAAAAGAUCACCAAAAUAACAAUGAGCCAGCUAUCCCAAAAAAAUCAGCAGAAACAAAUAGUGAUCAGUUGGAAAAUAAAGACAGACCAUGCAGCUCAGAAAAUGGGGAUGUAAUAAAGUCUCAUGAUCAUAAUGCUUUUGAUGGUUCUCACCAAACUGAAGAGGGGUCUCCAUGUCAGGGGCAUGAUAAAAAAUCGAAGGAUGAAACUGAAGACAAAGGAUUACAAGAUAACAAAAAAAGGUUGAAUCCCCAUGAGAAUGAACAUAGUAGUAUAGUAAUAGCUAGUCAUUCUCUUGAAGAGAUAAAAAGUAAAAAAGAUCACCAAAAUAAGAGUGAGACAGUUAUUUCAAACAAAUCGACAGAAUCAAAUAGUGUCAAUGUUAGUGAUGAUAACAAAAACACAGAACCAGCGAACAAGUCUCAUGGUCAUGAUGCUGUUAGUGGUUCUCACUUAACUGAAGAGAAGAGAAAUAAAGAUCCCCAAAAUAACGAUGAGUCAGCUAUUCCAAAAAAAUCGACAGAAACAAAUAGUGAUCAGUGUGAAAUUGAGAGCGGACAAUGCAGCUCAGAAAAUGGCGAUGGAGUAAAGCUAAAUCAUGGUGUCAGUGUUAGUGGUAAUAAUGAAAACAUAGCACCGGCUAACAAGUCUCAUGGUCAUGAUGCUUUUGAUGGUUCUCACCAAACUGAAGAGCGGUCUCCAUGUAAGGGAACUGAUGUGGAAAUGAAGGAUGAAACUGAAAACAACGGAUUAGAAGAUAACCAAAAAAGGUUGAAUCCCCAUGAGAGCAAACAUGAAAUUGAAAAAAUAGGGGCUAGUCAUUCUGAAGAGAUGAAAAGUAAAAAAGAUAACCAAAAUAAGAAGGAGACAGUUGUUCCAAACGAAUCGACAGAAGCAAAUAGAGUCAAUGUUAGUGAUGAUAAUGAAAACACAGCACCAGCGAACAAGACUCAUGGUCAUGAUGCUGCUAGUGGUUCUCACCAAACUGAAGGGGGGUCUUCAUUUCAGGUGCAGGACGUAGAAAUGAAGGAUGAAUCUGAAAAUAAACAUAAAAAAUCAGAAAAUGAGCAGUAAAGGGUGACGCCAGUUAGUCCAAACAAAUUGACAGCAAUAAAAAUGAAAAAUGACUUAUUAGGGAGCGAAUGAGAGCAGCUCAGAAAAUAGAAGUGUAGAAAAGCAACAUCAAGAGAUGAGUGAUUGUGAUGAUAUUGAUUACAUAACACCAGCAAACAUGUCUCAUGGUGAUGAUGUUAGUGGUCCACACCAAACUAAAGAGUCUUCAUGUGAGAUGUCUGACACGUCUCAUGGGGAUGAUAAGGAUGGGUUUAUGGACAAAAAUAUAUUGGAAUGUCCUUUAUGAGUUAAGUUAUACUGCUAUUCUUAAAGAUGAUUGUUUUUUUUUUUCUUACUUAGCAGAUUGUCAUAAGGAAAAAAAAUAGCAUUAUUAAAGUACAUAUUAGGAAAUGUAAUAUAUUGAUUUUUGUCUUUUUUUAUGGAUUGUAGUGAUGAAUUGUUAAUAUACUGAUAAACUGUUAAUUGUUAAAUUGCUGUUAACUGCUAAAAAGUAUAAUUUAAUCUCUUCACCGACAAAGCAUCUUUGACUAAACCCUGACUCCUUUACAGGAAAUGAAGCAUAUACAGUAGCUGCACUAUAAAAAUGAUCAUCAGUAAAUGUUAGACUUGUGAGUUUGAUCAUUUUGUCUACUAUGAUCAAUUAUUUUUUGAAAAAACUCAAAAUUGGAAAUAUUUUAAAGUUCUCUACGCCUGAAGUUGAAGUGCGAGUUUAAAAAAAGUUAAAUAUUCAAUGAAUUAAGAUGCUAAAACAAAGCCUGUUAUAAAUGAAAAUAAAUAUGUGAUAGAAAUCAAAUGAAUAUUAUAGCUGUUUAAAAGGUUUUUGGUUUGUUUAUGAAUAUUUUUAUCAAGAUCAUUAUAAAUGUUUGGUGUUAAAGAGAAUUAAGAGAUUAGUAUUGCUGAAAAGCAGAAAAGGAUGGAUUUCCAUUGUUUUGUUGUUGUUAUUAUUAAGAUUUCUACUGCUGAAGCAAAUAAAUGUUUUCCCACUGAUAAAA